AUGUCGUCAGGUCGCAAAUUACUACGCUACGAUGAUCUGGUAGAGGAUUCGGUAGGCGCGUUCCACUCGCAGUCAGCUCGCAACCCACGCAGCGUCGAUUUCUUCAGAGCGGGUCAGCAGCUAUGGGGCAGCAGUGCUGCUGCCCAAUCAGACAUUCGCAGCCACGCCAACAAGAAGCGCAAAAACAGGGACACUCACAGUGCUGGCAGGUCCACUAGGGGAGUGUGGAAUCCUGCCGCCAGCGCUCAAGCUCCACACACAGCGACCGAUGGACCAGACCGGUCGCUCGAGCUUCGACAGCAGCAGCAGCAGCAGCAGCAGCAAGACUCUCGACACGCCCAUCCGGAAGCACCGCCACCACCACCAGCACAACUGAAUGCCAGAUCAGUGGUGCGCGAUGCCACCUCCAGACACCUCUCCGCAGCUGCCAAGCGAUCCCAGUCUGCUGCAUCUACACAUCCAGUGUCUGCCGGCUUCAGAUUUACAGCGCAUGCGCAAGCUUUGCAAGCAUCUCGAGUGGGUGAGGAGGAGGAGCAUGACGAAAAGGAGGAGGAAGGGGAGGAGCAUGGUCCGCAACAGAUGGAGCAGCAAAGCGUGGUAGCGUCUGUGCCCACACUCGCCGCACCGGCCUCAGAGUCGCCAAGAGAUGUCAUUGUACAAGCAGCACCAAGCAUCCUCUCCAUCCCAGCAGAUGAGCCCUCUCUGCCCGAAUGGCUGUUGCCUUGGAGAGACCCCGAGCAGAGAGUGGAGCCGGGUCUGGAUGGUUGGGAGCCGACACCUUACCGCGCGUCUGAAUCCUCACACUCUGACCCUGAUUCGGGCUCUGAAGAGGCAGAUGAGGAUCAGUCCGCAUCACGCGCACCUCAAACAUCUGGCAUUGCAAAACCGCAAACGAAUUCCGAGGAAGAGGAAGCCGAAGUUGCAGAGAGCUUGAAAUCCGUCCCGGAUCGUUCUGACGCUGAUCCUGCUACAAAUUAUGUCACACGAGCCGAGGUCACUCUUCCUACAUCCAUCUCGGGUGCUUCACUGCCAGGACAAAGCAAGAGCUCGGCUGCAGAAGAUUUGAACGUCGGCAAGUCGCCUGCUGCAGUGGUGCCGGCUGUUCAAGAGGCGGGAUUGGCAACGCACGACGACACAAGACUUGAAGAAGACGAGGUUGAGGAGUCGCACCAGUCAAUGGACGCCGACAUCCGCCGCACUGAAGAAGAUGAGAUCGAGGAGGAAGCCGAGGCGAUGGAAGAGGAGACUGAAGACUGGGGCGAAGGGUACGAAUGGUACAAUGACGAGUGGGAGCGUCAGAUGCUGGGCGAAAACGCGAAACCAGGUGUUGCGUCCGCCGUCAUGGCCAUGCUAGCGGCCGGCAUUGGGCAAGAAAGUGAUGAAGAGGCGGAAGAUGAAGACCAGGCAGCGCAUACCACAGAGUUGGACUCGGAUGGACGGGUCAUCAGAUCGCUGACGCACGAUGAGCUCUGGGCAGACGAGGCAAUGACAAGCGCGUUCUCAGCCGCCGUCGACCAAUUCAAAGCCAUGCAUAGCUUGGGUCAAAAUGGCCUCGUCAUCAGCGCCUCAGACUCGCCACCGCCUGCUGCGAAUCUCACCUCCAGCGCGCUGUGGUACGACGCCCCUCCACCUGAGUCUCGCGCUGCCAAAAGCGCACGCAAAGCUGGAAAUGCUUCGGCAAAAGCGAGAAAGGAAGAAUCAAAAGCCGCACGAAGACACGCGCAAGAGACGAAAGUAGCUGCAAGAAAGGAAGCUAAGCGGUUGCAGGCGGAGCAAGACGCCAGAUACGCGCAGGCUAUGGAGGAAAUGCAGGCGCACAGGCAAAUCGUCGCGCCUUUGCAGCCUGCUGACAAUCAACCACCGGCUGCAGACUCGGUAUCCGACUCUAAGAUGGCAACGCCUUCCUCAAACGCCGAAACUUUGAAUUCGGGACCGAAGAGAAAGAUCAAAGGCACGAUCCCCCCCUCAGCGCCUCUGUCGGGUAGACCGGCGUGGCUCGCGGCCUGCGCAACCGUCUCGAGCACUCCAAAUUGUGUAGCUGGCGUUGAAUGCGGUGGUCCGAAGACGUCCAGUACCGCCACCGCGACGGCGCAGGGCGGGGAGCAGAACUUGUCAGCGCGUGCAGAUGCUUCUGCUUCAGGUCACGCCGCACCAACAAGUACCGCUCAAGGCUACGACCCCGAGCUACUGCAGUCACUGGCUCACGCGUGGUACUAUGCAGGCUACUACCAGGGCAUUGCAAUGGCGAAACAUCAAAGCUAG